CUGGUAACAGAUGCCUGAAGCUGUGAAAGACAAACACAUACAGUAACAGCAGCGUGUUUGGGCCUAUAGCUCCAGGGUUUCCCUUGCGCCCCCAUGCAGAGAGGGCCCCCAGGGGACCGACGCCAGCUGAGACUGAAAAACAAGGCCUAAGUCCAACCAUGGCAGAGGAAAGCUUGGAGACAGAUGGCCCCAGAUCAUCCAUGCCGCCUGAGCUCCACCAUCCUCAUUCUAAGUACUCUCAGUGGAAGUUUAAACUGUUUAGAGUGAAGUCUAUUGAAAAGGCUCCUGUGUCCAGGGAGACGCAGCCAGAGAAGGAAGACAUGUCAGGCGUCUCUAACCCUAACCCAUGUGGAAUUCCAAAUAUACAGUUAGGUAAUGGUGUGAGCCCAGGUACUGUUAUGCCAGUGAGCAUAAAAAGCAAGGAACAUGUUAAAGGACCAUGCCAAAGUAUGGAUUUGAAGGCAGAAGAAAUAGAAAACCACAUAAACCAUCUCAGGUCUCUGUGCCGUCUUUGUGGAACCACUUUUACAAAAGUCAAAGGUCCAAUCCACGAUGUUCACGCAGCUCUAGAUGAUGAAAGCAAGAGCGCCCUUCGCAAAAUGGGCUGCAAGUCAACAAAAUGGCCACAGAUCAUCCUGAAAGUAUUCAAAGUGAACGUGACAGAAGAUACAGAAUCAGUCCAUCCUCUUUCUUUCUGUCAUCGCUGCUGGAUGACUGCCGUGCGAGGAGGGGGUGUUUGCAAUUUCUCCAGAACAAAAGUCCCAGAGUGGAAACCUCAUUGUGCCAUCUGCCGCCUUUGCUCAACCAAGAAACGUGUAUAUGAGAGAACCGGAAGAAAAAGAAGCAUAGCCACUUCCAGAGCCCAUAGCUUAAUGAAAAGAAUACGGCUGGACCACAGUCCACCAUUUGGAGGCCAUUUUCAUGGUCCUGUGUUAAAAACAUGGAGAAGUCCCAGUGUCCAAAGGGAGCACUGGGUGAGGACCAUCACACACUGUCAAAAAGAACACCUGAGUAACAAGCUUAUGUCUGAGAAUCUCCCUGUUGACUUCCUCUGUUCCUUCACUUGCAUGGUGUGUGACCAUCUGCUGUCUGACCCAGUUCAAGCCCCCUGCGGGCACCUCUUCUGCAGCAACUGUAUUAUAAAAUACAACCACAUUAUAGGACCUCACUGCCCUGCCUGCAACUUGCCCUGUUCCAGCGAUGACCUUGUUCUCCCCGCUCAAACUUUCUUGUUAGUACUGCAUUCUCUUCUUUUGCUCUGCCCAAGAGACGGCUGUGGCCAACAAGUAAGGCUAGACUCAUUUAAAGCUCAUUCUAUGGACCAUGAUUUGCAAGAGCAGGAUGCGGCCAGACGGCAAUCACCACAGCUUGACAACUACCUGAUAACCAAUAAAGGAGGGAGACCCCGGCAGCACUUGCUAUCGCUCACACGUCGUGCUCAGAAGCAUCGGCUGAGGAAACUGAAGAACCAGGUGAGGGCGUUUGCAGAUAAAGAGGAAGGUGGCGACCUCAAGUCUGUGUGUCUGACACUGUAUCUGCUGGCGCUGAGAUCUGACAAUGAACACCGGAAGGCGGAUGAGCUGGAGGUCAUGAUGCAAGGCAGAGGCUUUGCUUUGCAUCCCGCCGUGUGUUUGGCCAUCCGGGUCAACACUUUCCUGAGCUGCAGCCAAUAUCACAAAAUGUACCGGACCGUUAAAGCCACAAGUGGCCGUCAGAUCUUUCAACCCUUGCACACUCUCCGAGCUGCAGAGAAAGAGCUCCUUCCUGGCUUUCACCAGUUUGAAUGGCAGCCACCUCUCAAGAACGUGUCUCCAUCUUGCAAUGUUGGCAUCAUUAAUGGGCUCUCUGGAUGGACUUCCUCUUUGGAUGACUCACCGGCUGACACCAUCACUCGAAGAUUUCGUUAUGAUGUGGCUUUGGUGUCGGCGCUGAAGGAUCUGGAGGAGGACAUUGUGGAAGGGAUGAGAAUGACAGGUAUGGAAGACAACGCCUGCACCCUUGGCUUCAGUGUUAUGAUCAAAGAAUCUUGCGACGGCAUGGGAGACGUCAGUGAAAAACAUGGAGGGGGACCACUUGUUCCUGAGAAAGCUGUGCGUUUCUCUUUCACCAUUAUGUCUAUUUCGGUUAUUCUCGGUGAAGACAACAAAGAGGUCACCGUAUUUACUGAACCAAAGCCAAACUCCGAACUGUCCUGUAAGCCACUCUGUCUGAUGUUUGUCGAUGAAUCAGACCACGAGACACUCACAGCUCUCUUGGGGCCGAUUGUUGCAGAGCGUAACGCAAUGAAGGACAGCAGGCUUAUCCUAUCCAUAGCUGGCCUGCCUCGAUCGUUUUGCUUCAAAUUCAGAGGCACGGGAUACGAUGAGAAGAUCGUACGUGAAUUCGAGGGACUGGAAGCCUCGGGAUCCACGUAUAUUUGCACCCUGUGUGACUCCAGUCGAGCGGAGGCAUCUAAAAAUAUUGUACUACACGCCAUCACGCGGAACCAUGAUGAGAACCUGGCACGUUACGAAGUCUGGCGAACAAAUCCUUUUUCCGAGUCUGUAUCGGAAUUGCGCGACAGAGUCAAAGGAGUUUCUGCAAAGCCUUUCUUGGAGACGCAGUCCACAUUGGAUGCGUUACACUGUGACAUCGGCAACGCCACAGAGUUCUACAAAAUAUUCCAGGAUGAAGUCGGAGAAGUGUACCGAAAGGAAAACCCCACUAAGGAGGAACGGCGCAGCUGGCGGGCAGCUGUAGAUAAAGAACUGAGGCAGAAGCUGAAGCUCAAACCAGUCAUGAGGAUGAAUGGCAACUACGCCCGCAAGCUAAUGACCCUGGAGGCUGUGGAAGUGGUGUGUCAGCUGGUGCCCUCGGAGGACAGGAGGGAAGCCCUGAGGGAGCUGAUGAGGCUGUACAUCGAGAUGAAACCCGUGUGGCGCUCCACCUGUCCGGCCAAAGAAUGUCCUGACCAGCUUUGCCGCUACACCUUCAACUCUCAGAGCUUCGCUGACCUCAUCUCCUCUACCUUCAAAUACAGGUAUAACGGCAAGAUAACCAAUUACAUGCACAAGACCUUGGCUCAUGUUCCUGAGAUAAUAGAGCGAGAUGGAUCCAUCGGUGCCUGGGCAAGCGAGGGGAACGAGUCAGCAAAUAAACUAUUCAGGCGUUUCCGUAAGAUGAAUGCACGUCAGUCAAAGGCCUUUGAACUUGAGGACGUCUUGAAACAUCACUGGCUCUACACCUCAAAGUACUUGCAGAAGUUUAUGGAGGCUCAUAAGAACUCCGGAAAGUCCCUGCGAGCAGAGAUCCAGGACAGUGAAAUAUCGCACCAGGAGUCCAUUGAGUGUUGAUUUUUUUUUUUCAAAUGUGAAAUUAAGCUUGAAGAUUUGAUUGAUUUUACACUAGCAAGACUGAUGUCCACGCAUUGUGCACUGGUGGUUUCAUCAUUUAUUUUAUGCAGUGCUGUUCUUCUAAAGCUUUUAUGGUAAUGGUUUGGUAAUGGUAAUGGUUUUAUUUCAUUUGAACAUGCAUCAGAUUACAAUUGAAUGCAUCACAUAAUCAGUUCACAGUUCCACAUGUCCAAAAGGAGUAGGAAGAAGCAAAGCUUAUUAAAUCCUACCCCUCCAUCUGGUACUUUUACAAUCAGUAACUGUUACAUUUGUUCACUUCCUGCUUUCCAUAAUACAGUUUAAGGUUUUUUUUUUUUUAAUGCACCUCGUACCGAAGUACAAGGUAAUAUGAGCAUCCAAUGACAUAAUGGGUACCAUAGUAAGUGUCAAUAUAGUGAUAUAUAUAGCACAUCAUGACUGGUUCAAGACUCUUCAUCCUUGUAUUUAGCAAACAUCAACUGCUUGUAUUGUUUCUUGAAUUGGCUCAUCGUUGUGCAUUGUUUGAGGGUCUCACUCAAUCCAUUCCAUAGUUUGAUUCCACAUACUGAAAUGCUAUGGCUUUUUAACGUAGUCCGAGCAUAUAAGUGUUUCAAAUGUAGUUCUUCCCUGAGAUCAUAUUUCUCCUCUCUUGUAGAGAAAUAUUGGAUGACAUUUUUAGGUAAUUGGUUGUUUUUAGCCUGAAAAUUAACUAUAUCAGCAAGUUCAAGUAUUUGUAAUUUUAAAAAUAAGGAGUUAGUAUGUUCUCUGUAGGCGGCAUUAUGAAUUAUCCAUACUGACCUUUUUUGCAGUACAUUUAGCGAGUGAUUGCUUUUAUAGUUAUUACCCCAUAUUUCCACACAAUAAGUAAGAUAUGGUAGAAGUAGAUAUUAUACCGUAAUUCAAAAUAUUCAAAAACUGCACCAUCAUUAACUUUUAACGUAAUACAGUAAACCUCGGAUAUAUCGGAUUAAAUUGUUCCCACUGGUUUUGUCCGAUAUAAGCGAAAUCCGUUAUAUGUGUAUACCGGAAAAUGUCCGUUUUACGCAUAUAUCGGAUUCAUAUCCGGUAUAUGCGUAAAUCGGAUUUUAUCCGUUAUAAAAAGGCACUUCCUUGACUAUGUUUCCAAUGUACCUGGACGCGCAGGCAAACGCUGCAAAUGACGUCGUAUAGCGGCCUGUCACGAUUCGGCGAAUCGGAGCGCCACGAUGCGGCCAUCCGAUAUAUGUGAGGGAAAUUUAAUGGAAAUGCAUUGGAACGGGACUGGAGAUUUUGUCCGAAAUAGGCGCAAUCCAUUAUAAAAAAUCCAAUAUAUGCAAUGAAUUUUUAUUGGAAAUGCAUUACAGAAAAAUUGGUUCUUUUUUAUCUGUCCGUUGUGAGCGAAUUUCCGAUAUAUCCGAGUCCGAUAUAUCCGAGGUUUACUGUAUGUUCACCCUGACCGGAAUUUCAAGACCGCUAUGCUUUAUUAAUUGUGUGUGUGUGACCCGCACCCCUAAGAACAGCGUCACACACAGACUUUCACACACUUCCUAUUUUUUGAUGUAUGGCUUAUUUUAUUGUAUUGUGAGGAUGUGACAUACUUGUGGAUUUAUCGAGUGGUUAUUUAUGGAAGCAGAUGAAAAUGCUGUAAAUCAUAGUUGGGGAAAAUGCGUUAAGAUGACCGUAUUUGUGGCUACUAUAUUUUGAUAUCAUUUCUACUGGAGAAAAAUGCAAUCACAGAGACGUUAAUGCUCUUUGCUUCACAGGUGACCUUUGAGAAAGAUUAAUUUAUUGCUUUAUUCUGGCACCCGUAGAAACAGAAUAUAUGCCAGGUCACUUUGAAGUGUUUUUUUAAAUUUUAUUUUGCGGACAUUAGAUGAUAGAUCAUACUUAAUGGACAUUUUCACAUAAAAUAAAGCAUAUACUGGCCUUUUUCAUAUGUCAUAAAAAUGCAGGUUGUCCCGCAUGAAGCCAAACAUCAGAUUCCCCAGAGAGGAUAUUUCUUUAGCUUGGUAUGAACCGAGCAGUUUUCCUCUGUUCUUUGCAGUGGUUGAAGAUGGAGGCUGGAGGAAGGAUGGAAGGGUGUCAUGGAAACCAAGUUUCUUAGCAACUUUAUUUGUUUGACUGAUUGCAUUGUCUUUCCCUGCCCCCCCACAUGUGAAGAUGUGAC